AUGAGAUAUGAUGUCAACCAACACAAAUGUCUCUUCCAGAUGUUCAUCAUGGAUCAGGACUGGAAAGACCCGAAAGCUCAGUUACAACAGUGUUGUCUAACCCUGAGAGAGCUGGAUGGUGGAGAGCCAGACAUUCCUGUCUACAAGGUCAUAGAGUCCCGUGGUCCGACCAACACAAGGCAGUACGUGGUGGCAGUGUACUUCCAGGGUGAGCGGCUAGCCACUGGCAUGGGGCACAGCAUACAGCGGGCAGAGAUGAAGGCUGCCACAAAUGCUUUACAGAACAGCUGUGUGUUCUCUGUCGUCCCUAUGUUCCCCCAAGGAUGGCCUGACAGUAUGACCUGA